AUGAAUAGCUACACUGAGGUGUUUGAGGUUAAAGAUUUGACAUUUCCUAGAAUGAUGUUUGCUUUCAAGCCAUUCCCUGAAAUUUCCCUAUUGAGACAGUAUGAUGACACAACUUUUUUUGUUGUUAUUGGAGUUAUCACUAAUCCAGGAAAAGAGGUCAAGCAAUCUAAGUACAUGCUUAUUGAGAUUGAAAUCAGUGAUGAACAGCAUAAUAAAAUAUUUUGUACAAUUUGGGAAUCAAAUGUUGAUUCUUACAAGGAAGAUUUCAAAAAGAGUAAAGGAACCAUUCCCAUUGUUAUUGUUCAAAUUUGCAAGACUAAUUUAUUCAGAGGUGAAAUGAGAAUAUCGACACACUUUCAAGCGUCGAAGGUUCUAAUUAAUCCAGAAUUAGAUGAAGUUACUGCUUUUAGGAAAAGAAUUGAAGGUGAUGAGAGAUUUAUUCCCUAUGGUUCUUUGGGUCAAGUUGGACCAUUCAUUAGCAGUGAGUUUGAAAAUCUUACAGUGAAGUCUCUUGAGGAUUUAGAAUGUCUAGAGGAUGGUUUAUAUUGGGUUUUUGGAAAGAUUGUAUCUGUGGAAGCACAUUAUGAUACAUGGUAUUACAUGUCAUGUAAGACCUGUUUUAAGAAGGUGGAGGCAGAGGAUAACAAGUUUAACUGUUCAGUAUGUAAGAGCACCUAUUCCCAUGCUUAUAGAAGGUAUAGAUUUAUUGUCAAUAUUGUUGAUGAUACAAGCAACACUUCACUUUUAGUGUGGGAUAGGGAGGGGAUCCAACUGAUAGGAAAAAAGGUUUAUGAAUUCGUAGGGGCUGAUAAUCAGAUUUUGCCAGUGGAGGACAUUGCUAAAGAAAUAGCAAAGAAGCUGGUGGGGCAGAGUGUGUUGUUCAAGCUCCAAUUCAGAAAUCAGUUGGAGUAUUACAAAUCUUAUCCACAUACUGUGAACAAAGUAUGCAAUAUUCCUCAUGUUGUUGAGAAGUAUACCCCCCAACUGCUUGGUUCGCAGGAAGUUAUGAAAGAACUAAAGUUAUCUGAUCUAAUUUUUGGUUCUGAUCUUCCAGAGGUAUCUCAGAAAAGUUUUGUUACUCCGGAUUUGUCAAGUGUAACAAAUGAGAUUAAUCAUGAACGCAACAUUGAAGGCUCUGUUAAGAGGUGUUUGGAGGAUGAUUUUAAUUGUUGUGAUGAUAUUGUUGGCUGUCAGAAGAACAAGAAUCAAAAAGUCAGCAAGGAGUAA